AUGCAAUUGACAUUUAGUGUUGUUUCAGAGCUGGCUGAUGGAGAACUGGCGAUGGCAAGUGAUUUCCAGUUGUCCGAUGCAAUGAGCGCCAUUGGUUUGUUUUGUGGUUAUUAUACAGGCAUCCACACCGUCGAGGAUGCCGGCGCAGUAAAAUUGCUUCGUCUUUAUGCUGACACUCCAGAUCCUUCCAGUGACUGCGUCAUGCAUGCUGUUCUGAUGAGGCUUUCGGUUGCAUCCUGCCCCCUAUCUCGGCAGAAGAUGCAGCACUGA